CCUGCCUCCUCCUCCUCCUCCUCCUCCUCUCACAGCCUGUCAAGCCUGAAUUAUUAAACCCACGAUUCUCUGUUUUUGCUUCUUUUUAAUUAGAGCUGGUGGCUUUCUUGUUUACAAGUAAACAAUGGAAUGGUAUUGACCUGCCAAGAGAUUUUCCGCUGUCUCUGAGCUUUCCUUCUCAGGACUCCAUCAUCAUCAGGUGGCCUUCAUUCAUGCACUUCUUAGAAUAAUCCGUCCUUCUCUCACUACUGAUUCUUCCACAACCCUCACAGAAUAGCUUAUAACUUAUAACUCCCCUGUUUCUCCUUCUCUCACUAUGUAUAAGCUUGGUUCUGUUAACAAAACUGUGACUUAUGGGUAAAAGUAUUCCCUUCAAGCAGCAGCAUGUUCAAUGAGAUUCAUCACAGAAACCUCCAAUUCUGGUGCUUCUUAUCUCAGGCAUGGGGACCAAAGUUGAAUAUUCUGUAAAUCUUCUAGCAGCAACCUCAGUAGACAGCAAGAAUUUGAGUGCGAAGAGUGUGGAUGUGUGGGAAAAUUAUCAGAACAACGGGUUGAGCAAUAAGGUUGACCAAAUUGGAACCAAGAACCUCAAAUUUCCUAUGGAAAGAAUGGUUGACAGAAACAACCUGGAAUUCAUCAGAAAGACAAUGCAGAUGCAUGAAGACAUCUUCAAACACCAGGUUGAGGAACUACACAGAGUAUACAGAGUGCAAAAGUUGCUGAUGGAUGAGCUGAAGAAGGAAAUCAAACAGAAGAAACUAUGGAACCCCAUCGAUGGAGAAGGUAAGAACCAACCUGAAACAACAAAAAAUCCAAAUGGAGCUACAGAUUUCCAGGCCCAAAGUUUCAAAGACGAUAUGUGUUCAAGGGAUAGGAGUACUGGAAGCUGCUCAGCAGAAGACAUAAUCAUCAAAAAAGCAAGAGGUUUUGAUCUUGAAAUGCCUGCUGAAGAAGGCACCUUGGAUGAAGGCGAAGCGGGCCCUAGUUCCUACACUGAUGAAGAAGUAGAAUUGGACUUGACACUAAGUAUCGGUGGAGGCAAUGAGACAAAGAAGAAGAGGAAUGCGAAACCUCAUGUGCUUGAGUUAACCAGGAAGCUGAACCUCUGUGGCUCUUUUAAAUCAGAUAGAAUAGGAGAAUGCAGUGAUCCCACUACCCCAAUGAGCAGCUCUAGCGUCACAUUUGAACAGGAAAGAAAGGAGUCACAUUGGCUUUCUCAAGGUUUAAAGCUUAGAUAGAAGUUUUUAGUUUAAUGGACUAACUGAUUUUCUAUGGUUCAUGAAUUAUGUUUGCUAGAUCAGUUCUUACUUUAUAUGAAUAAAUGGACUUUGUCUA